AUGAUUGCCUCGACGAAAAGCGAAUUACUGCCGUACAACACCAGCGACAUCGUGGCCAGUAACUAUGUCCACGAGCGAAAGCACGUCCGCGUUGCCUUUAUCGGGGCAGGGAUUGCCGGUAUAGGGUUCGCGUACAAGGCGCGCCAGAUCGAGAACCUCGACUUUGUCAUCUACGAGAAAAACGCCGACGUGGGCGGCGUGUGGUACGAGACACGAUACCCAGGACUCAGUUGUGACGUCCCUGCACACGGGUACACGUACACCUGGGCUCGCAAUCCGGACUGGUCUCGGGCGUAUGCCAGCGGCGAGGAAAUCUGGAAGUUCUACAAGGGCCUAGCUCGGGACUAUGGUGUCUACGAGAAGACGAGGUUCCGGCACAAGGUCGUUGGCGCCACAUGGAAUGUUGAAAACUCGGAGUGGGAGCUCGAGGUUGAGGACCUGGAGUCCGGCACAAAGGUCACUGACAAGGUCGAUGUUUUGAUCAACGGAGGCGGUUCUCUGAACAACUGGAAGUGGCCCGAUAUCCAGGGGCUACACGACUUCAAGGGGACGCUGGCUCAUACCGCACACUGGGACGAGAAUAUUGAACUGAAAGACAAGAGAGUGGCAGUCAUCGGCUCCGGUGCUUCGGGGGUACAAAUUGUGCCAACGAUUCAACCAGUGGUCAAGAAACUCAUUUCAUUCAAUCGCUCCCCAACUUGGAUCGCAGCCGAGUUUGCAGGCCACCUUGCACCAGAAGGUCGCAAUACACUCUUCAGCGAGGAGCAACGCAAACGGUUCCGCGAGGACCCGGAAUACCACCUCCAGUACAGACGGGACGUCGAGCACGGCAUGAAUGUUAGGUUCCCAAGUUUCUACAAACACUCGGCUGCACAAAAGGCCGCCCGCCAGAUGGUCACCGAGGCGAUGAAGAAAAGACUGAACAACGAUCCCGAAUUGAUCAAGAAGCUCGUCCCGGACUUUGAACUGGGUUGUCGAAGAGCCACACCGGGCCAUGGCUACCUCGAAGCGCUUACGCAGCCAAAUGCUAGAGUCGUCUCGGCCGGCAUCGAACGCAUCGUCUCGAACGGAAUUGUUUCUCGCGAUGGUGAACUCCACGAGGUCGACGUGGUCAUUGCCGCCACGGGCUAUGACACUUCUUACAUUCCUCGUUUCCCCAUCAUCGGUCUCGACAAGGUGAAUUUACAGGACAAGUGGCGAAAAGAAGGAGCCGCCGCCUACCUGUCGUGCGCGGUCCCAGGGUUCCCGAACUACUUUUUGGUGGUCGGGCCCAACGCACCCAUCAGUAACGGGUCGCUCGUCGGAGCCAUGGAGAAGGAAAUUGACUUUGCGCUUGCUUUUGUGCGCAAGAUCCAGACCGAAGACAUCACGUCCGCAACCGUCACAGACGAGGCAGCCGCCGAGUUUGAUGAGUGGAAGAAUGAUUUCAUGCAAGGCAUGGCGUGGUCCGGUAGCUGUACGAGUUGGUACAAAAACGGAACGACCGAUGGUAAAGUCAUUGGUCCUUGGCCUGGAUCGGUAAAUCACUUCAUGGAGAUCAUGAAGAGACCGAGAUUCGAGGAUUUCAAGUAUACCUAUCGGACUCGGAAUCGAUUCAGAUACUUUGGGGAUGGGAGGUCCCCCGUCGAGGCUAGAGGGGAGCAUCUGGGCUGGUAUAUGCAAUGA